AUGGACCCCGGGUCGGAGAGCCUCCCACCCCCACGGGGAACAAUAGCCGCCGCCCUCCCGGAGCGGUGGGGCGGUCGCGCCGCACAAAGGCCGGCUCGGCCAGAGCCAUGUGACGCGCGCUCCACCCGCUCUCCCGGCGGCGCGGCGGACGGGAGGGUGUUCCGACCCACCUGGAACACUUUCCGAAAGACAAACGGUGAGUUAAUCACCCAACCGGCUGGCGACCGCGUCCCCCUGGCCCGCGGGGAGGCCAGGGGAGGGGCUGGGGUGAAGGCCUGCUCCGCCUGUGUGUCUAGGCUGGAGGCGGGCGAGGUUAGUUCUAUUAAGAGUUCAUCAAUCAUCGGUGUGCACUUUUCGCUCGACAGCGGUUCCGCCUACUUCGGAGCAAGUCCGGGCCAGCUGGGAUCCGACCAGAAACCGCAAGCGGAGGAGACGCGGGUACGCAGGCUGACCAGUAACGGAGGGCGCGACCUGCCGCCCCGCGCUCUGCCGCGCCAGGCCCGAGGGUAG